AUGGGUCUCGGCGCCAUAUAUACGCAUAUUCGUGGGUUCGUUGUUGUAUUACCAUGGGCCCUUGAAUUGGUCCUCAUGGACCUCGUAAUCUCUGCCCUCUUACCCGUCAGCUAUUUUUUCCCUAAUUUGGUGUACCAUGCAUCGUCGUUCGUUGCUUUUACAAAUUGGAGCUGGAUACAAGUCAUUUUUGAAGUAUUCAAUGGAGGCAGGAUUACUAUCUCUGGCGAUAUUCUUCCGGAAGGUGAAACUGCUAUUGUCAUUUCAAAUCAUGUCAGUUGGACAGACUUCUAUAUGAUUCAAGCACUUGCUAUCAGAGCUGGCAUGCUUGGAAGGUGUAGAUGGUUCGCCAAGAUCGAACUGCGAUGGAUUCCACUUCUUGGAUGGGGAAUUUGGGGAAUGGGUAUGCCAAUGGUUAGUCGAAAUUGGCUCAAGGAUAAGAAAGAGUUGGAUCGAGUUUUUGCAGGAGUCGUGGUGAAGAAAUGGCCACAAUGGCUUAUAAGCUUUAGUGAAGCAACACGAUAUACCCCCGAGAAAUAUGAAGAAACAAAAACAUGGUGCAAAGAAAAUAAUCGACCUCUCCCAAAACACCUUCUAUACCCACGAAGUAAAGGCUUCGUUACAACGGUGCAACAUCUACGAAAGGCCAAUCAUGUCAAAGCCGUUUACGACAUGACGAUCGCCUACGCGCAUCAUAAUAAAUGGCACGAAGCGCCAUCGAUUUGGGAAUCCCUCAGUUGUGGAGACUUGAGUGGGAAACGAGGAUAUAAAUUUCAUGUUGAAGUCAAGCGAUUUCUAUUAGAAGACCUACCAGAAAGUGAUGCAGAUUUGGCGAAAUGGUUGGAAACUAGAUGGAUAGAAAAGGGGGAAUACUUGGAGGAGAAGAGGGAAGAGUGGUCAAGAAUUGGUGAAAAUCAUAAAUCUAUCGCGGCAUAG